AUGAGUGAAACCAACGUUGACACCUUAGGGGACAGAAAUGACAUUUACUCCCAAAUAUUUGGUGUAGAAAGGAGGCCAGAUUCGUUCGCGAGCUUUGAUGGUAAUUUGCAUGGAGACAUAAGCUCUCAACUGCUACCUAAUAGAAUCGAAAAUAUUCAGGAUCUAAACGUUCUGCUUUCUGAAGAUAUCGCCAACGACAUCAUUAUCGCAAAGCAAAAGAGACGUUCUGCAACUCAGGCCGCUAUCAAUAAUUCUGAUGUAGCCAAUAAUGAUAUGCAAAGGAAGAGCUCAAAUUACAUUCUAUCGCAGCAAACUAACAUUAAGGAAGUACCAGAUACACAGAGUUUGUCGAGUGCUGAUAAUACACCUAUCAGUAGUCCAAAAAAAACAAAAGACGUUCCAUCAUCCCCUCCUAUUGUUCAUGCUAAAUCAAUGUCCCAUAUUUAUUCAACAAGCAAUAGUGCUAGUAGACAAGCCAAACACCAUAAUGACCAUCCCCUGCCUCCAAUGUCUCCAAGAAAUGAAGUUUAUCAGAAAAAUAAAAGUACUACAGCUUUCGUGCCCAAGAGGAAACCUUCACUCCCGCAACUAGCACUUGCCGGUCUCAAGAAACAGACCAGUUUCUCAAAUGGAAGUGCAUCGACCACACCUACACAAUCUAGAAAAUCGCCUUUGCAGGGGUUUGGUUUCUUUUCCAGACCAAGUUCCAAAGACUUACAUGAGCAGCACCAACAUCACCAGCAUAUUCAGCAUAAUAAUAUUAAUAAUCAUAACAAUAAUUCUAAUAAUAAUGGCAUCCAUCACCAAAUGGGUAGCAAUAACAAUAAUCACCCCCAACAUUCACAUUCCCUAUCAUCCAGAUCAAUGUCGUUGAACUCUUCCACUCUCAAAAACAUUGCGUCAUCUUUUCAAUCGAAGACUUCCAGCAGUAGAAAAGUUCCGCAAAAAUAUGAUGUAUCCUCCAACCCAUUUGCAGAACCUCACCAUCAUCAUUCUUCAAACAGUCACAGUAGUCUCAAUAAUGGCCACGGUUCCGUGAACUCACCAAAUACUAUGGGCAGCUCGUCUACUAUUGGUUUGGGUCUCAAAACGAGAGUUUCUUCGACUUCGUUGGCAUUAAAACGAUAUACUUCAGUUUCUGGAACUUCUCUUUCAUCCCCACAUAGAGGUAGCAUGACACCUUUGUCAUUAUCUAGACCUAUUAUGAGCGCUUCUUCAAAAAAACCUCAGGUAUAUCCAGCCCUGCUGUCAAGAGUAGCCACGAAAUUUAAAAGUUCCAUCCAACUUGGCGAACAUAAAAAGGAUGGGUUGGUUUAUCGUGACGCGUUUACAGGACAGCAGGCAGUUGAUGUCAUUUGUGCCAUCAUUAGAACCUCCGAUAGGAACUUGGCUUUGUUAUUUGGUAGGUCAUUAGAUGCACAGAAACUGUUCCAUGAUGUGGUAUAUGAGCACAGAUUGAGAGAUUCUCCACAUGAGGUUUACGAAUUUACAGAUAAUUCAAGAUUUACAGGGACAGGCUCCACGAACGCUCAUGAUCCACUGAUGCUACUACCGAAUUCAUCAUCCUUCAAUUCAGCAAGUCAGCCUUAUGCGAGUGCAGGGAUGGUUCCAUCGAGUUCGACUUCUUCUUUGAAUAGCGACAAAGCAACUUUGACGGGGUCAAGAUUGCAUAUGAGUAGUUCGAUGUCGCAGCAAAAGAACCCUGCGGCCAUUCAUAACGUCAACGGUGUAUUUACAUUACUCGCAGAGUGUUAUUCCCCUACGUGUACAAGAGACGCUUUGUGUUAUUCUAUUUCAUGUCCAAGACGUCUCGAGCAACAAGCAAGGUUAAAUUUGAAACCAAAUGGCGGGCUCAAACGUAAUAUAUCAAUGGCUUUAGACGAUGAUGACGAAGAAAAGCCAUCUUGGACAAGUUCGGUAUCUCAAGAAGACUGGGAAAAUUUACCAAAAAAGGAAAUAAAAAGACAAGAAGCUAUAUAUGAAGUUUACAUUACAGAGAAGAACUUUGUGAAGUCAUUAGAAAUUACCAGAGAUACAUUCAUGAAAACUUUAGCUGAAACGAAUAUUAUUUCUGCAGAUAUAAGGAAGAAUUUCAUUAAACAUGUUUUUGCGCAUAUCAAUGAUAUCUAUUCGGUGAAUAGACGAUUUUUGAAAGCUUUGACUGAUAGACAGAAAAGUUCACCAGUUGUAAGAGGCAUUGGUGACAUAGUUUUAAGAUUCAUUCCAUUCUUUGAGCCAUUUGUUUCAUACGUCGCUUCGAGACCAUAUGCUAAGUACUUGAUUGAAACUCAAAGAUCAGUCAAUCCAUAUUUUGCCAGAUUUGAUGACGAUAUGAUGAGUUCAUCUCUGCGACAUGGUAUUGAUUCGUUCUUAUCUCAAGGUGUUUCAAGGCCAGGUAGAUAUAUGCUGUUAGUUAAGGAGAUCAUGAAAUCCACAGACCCUGAGAAGGACAAAGGUGAUUAUGAAGACUUGAGUAAAGCCAUGGAUGCUCUGAGAGAUUUCAUGAAAAGGAUUGAUCAGGCAAGUGGUGCUGCACAAGAUAGACAUGAUGUAAAAUUGUUGAAACAGAAGAUCCUUUUCAAAAAUGAAUACGUUAAUUUGGGAUUAAACGACGAAAAAAGAAAAAUCAAGCAUGAAGGUAUACUAUCAAGAAAGGAGCUAUCAAAGUCAGAUGGGUCAGUUGUUGGUGACAUACAGUUUUAUCUUCUAGAUAAUAUGCUUUUGUUUUUAAAGGCAAAAGCAGUUAAUAAAUGGCAUCAGCACAAGGUAUUCCAAAGGCCUAUUCCUUUACCAUUAUUAUUUGCAUGUCCGGGUGAAGAUAUGCCUGCAUUAAGAAAGUAUAUCGGGGACCAUCCAGAUUGUUCAGGAACAGUGAUCCAACCAGAGUACAAUACGAGUAACCCUAAGAAUGCAAUAACGUUCUUGUACUAUGGUGCCAAACAAAGGUAUCAAGUUACAUUAUAUGCGGCACAAUAUGCUGGAUUGCAAACGCUUUUGGAAAAAAUAAAGCAGGAACAAGCAGCUAUUAUAGGCAGAACGGAAAUGUUUAAUGUAACGAAAAUGAGUGAUAGAUUCUUCGACUACACAAACAAAAUUAACAGUGUUACUUCGUGUGAUGGGGGUAGAAAGCUUCUAAUUGCGACCAACUCUGGAUUGUAUAUGAGUAAUAUUAAAAGACAGCAGAAUAAAGAUCAUAAAAACAAAACCUCUGCCUUUUUUUCGACUCCAAUUCAAUUAGUGCAAAGAAAUAAUAUUACUCAAAUUGCUGUAUUGGAAGAAUUCAAGUCAAUCAUUCUCUUGAUUGAUAAAAAAUUAUAUAGUUGUCCGCUUUCAUUAAUUGAGGCAGAAGGUAACGGAACAUCUUUUUUCAAAAAGCAUCACAAGGAACUGAUCAAUCAUGUGAGUUUCUUCGCAGAAGGCGAUUGCAACGGCAAAAGGUUAAUCGUGACUGCCCACAGUUCAUCGCAUUCGAUCAAAUAUUUCGAGCACGAACAUCCACUUCUGGCUGAAAAAAAUAGUAGUGGUAGCGGUAGUAAAAAAAGCUUAAAGAAAAAGAUAACCGAGGUUAUUUUCGAUUCUGAACCCGUUUCUAUCUCAUUUCUCAAGGCCAACUUGUGCAUUGGUUGUAAAAGGGGUUUUCAAAUUGUUAGUAUUUCACAGAAUGCUCAUGAAUCCUUGCUAGACCCGGCCGAUACAUCGCUGGAGUUUGCGUUAAGGGAUACUUUGAAACCAAUGGCAAUUUAUCGUGUGGGUAAUAUGUUUUUGCUUUGUUAUACAGAGUUUGCUUUCUUCGUCAAUAAUCAGGGUUGGAGAAAAAAAGAAUCCCAUAUUAUUCACUGGGAGGGUGAACCUCAAAAAUUUGCAAUCUGGUACCCAUACAUAUUGGCGUUCGAUAGUAAUUUCAUCGAGAUCAGAAAGAUCGAGACCGGUGAAUUAGUCCGUUGUGUUCUUGCUGAUAAAAUUCGUCUUUUACAAACGAGUACGCAAGAAAUUUUGUACUGCUACGAGGAUUAUCGAGGGUACGAUACGGUUGCAUCUUUAGACUUCUGGGGUUAA